CCACCACCACCACACACCACCACCACACUGACUGCUGUUGUCUACCCCUGGCAACCAAACACGCCUGGCCUCCCUCUCCUUCCUCCCACCUUCAAAUCUUCUGCCAACCAAAACCUUGCCCCUGCGCCGCGUCCUGUCUCACCCGCAAAUCACAAAGCAGCAAAGCACCGUUCGAUACUUUUCUGUUGCUCAUUUUACGGCUUUUUUUUACCCGACUUGCAAAUUACGCACCACUUUCUUUCUUUUGUUUCGCACCUCGCCUCCGCUGCAGAUUUACCCGACAUCGUGCUUUGACGUCCUCGCGUUGUGAUUCGGACGAGGGUUUCUCCUUUCUUCCGAGACAUUGAACGUGCUGUGUUAUUUGCCUGCUUUCUUGUGUGCCUUGAUUUGAUUUGGUCCAGGAAUCGGCUCACGCACGUUACCGACGACAACUCAUCCCCGCUCGACUCUCUGUUCGAAUCGGAUUACGCUCGUUCACAACUAACCGCCCGUCCACCAUCAUCAUGUCUGGCUUUGGCGACUUCACCAGCAUCUGCCAGAAUGCACCGCUCCCGCUGUGCGCCUCGGUCGGCGCUGGCUCUUCGGCAGUCAGUAGCGUGGGCAUCGAGCCGACGUGCUACGCGCGAAACAUCGAGCUCGCAAACACAAUCAUCUUUGAGGGCGCCGCGUCCGCUAUGCACAUUGUUGCGCUCGUCAUGACGGUGGUCAUGAUUCUGCAUGUUCGUAGCAAGUUCACCGCUGUUGGCCGUAAGGAGAUCCUCAACUUCUUCUACCUCUAUAUGCUUCUCACCUUUGUCUCGCUCGUCAUUGACGCCGGCGUUGUCCCCCCCGGCAGCGACCCUUAUCCAUACUUUGUCGCCAUUCAGAACGGCCUCACCAACGCUACUAUUACUUGUCUUCUUGUCAACGGUUUUGUAGGAUUCCAGCUCUACGAAGACGGCACGCCCUUGUCGCUCUGGAUGAUGCGAAUCUGCUCCCUUGUCGCCUUCGCGGUUAGCUUCCUCGUCUCGCUCGCUACAUUCAAGAGCUGGGCCGGCCUCAGCCCCAUCAACACUAUUGGUCUCUUUGUGGUUCUCUACCUGCUCAACGCUGUCCAGCUCGCCGUGUACAUUGUGCUGCAGAUUCUUCUUGUCUCGCGCACGCUCCGAGACCGCUGGCCCCUUGGCGACGUCAUCUUUGGCGUCUUCUUCUUUGUUAUUGGCCAGGUCAUCCUGUACGCUUUCAGCAGCAAGAUUUGCGUUGCCGCCGCUCACUACUUUGACGGCCUCUUCCUCGCCACUGUUUGCAACUUGCUCGGCGUCAUGAUGGUCUACAAGUACUGGGACUCCAUCACUAAGGAGGAUCUCGAAUUCUCUGUCGGCACCAGAAUGAACAACUGGGAGGUCAAGGAGCUCCUCCCCGAGGACGACUACCGCAGCACCGUCUACAUGGACGACCACUACGCCCAAUCGACAGCGUACGACCAUCCUUACUCUCCUACCAACCGCCAUUCGCAAAAGUACUAGGCACUGCGUCACGCGUCUGGCCGAUCUCACUACUGAGCCUUGUUCAUUUCUUGCAACAUAGCACAUCACCACCACCACCACCAUUUUUCAACCAGCGUACUUUAUUUGUGGAUUUGCCCUUUUUGGCUCACUUGGACAAUGGAGAAAGGAAAUGGCAUCCCAGCGUCCACCCGGAGUUUUGACUUGAUUUUGUUUUUAUUGUUCCUUUCCAAACUCUUUUGUUUUGGGGACACCUCGAGGCGUACUAAGGAUACUUGGGACAGAAAUAUUUUGUUUAUUAUAGAUGAGGAAAAGACAGAGUACUUUACAUUUUUAGUCUUGUUUACUUAAUACUUAGCGCUUGAACAGCGCCUUUUACACUUUUCUACAACCC